AUGUCAAAGUUCCACUUACCAGACGAUGCUUUUCCUUCCAAUUCUCAGGACACGGCUGGUAAUAUCACAAGCAUCAUACUCAGUUUACACGAAGGACCUGGACUAGAAUCAUUAGAUGACCUCUAUUAUGACGAUGACAUAGAGUUAGCAGCAAAUGAUCGUGAUGAGGUCGAGACACAACUUCGUGAUAAUGGUAUUUUGGCCGCAGGAUUUGACAGUACUGGCUGUUCACAUUGGGUAAAUCAAGAUGCAACUGCGACCGUUGCUAACUAUACCGCUGACUUGAAGUUGUGGCUCUUAGAUGGGAUUCAUGAACAUCGUAAUGCAGUCGGCAGGCCCACUCAAUAUGCUUACUCUAACAAAGAUCAGCUCAGACCUCAUCAUGGUGUCGGAGACUCUGGAAGUGGAUCAGAAACUAUAGGACCCGGUCAAUCAUCCCAUAGUAAUCAAGCAAGCGUCCUUCUCAACUCAGGAGGCUUUCCCAAGCGACUCGAAACGGAACUACCACUUGUUACAUCGAUACAAACUAGUAGCUUGCCGUUUCCAGCAACCAAAACACCAGAGUCGGGCCCACCAGUCCCACGGGGUGCGCGAUCACAUCCGUAUCAUAAAGGAAAAAAACCUCGAAGGAACAGUCUGGAACUUGAGGAUGUCUUGGAAGAAGGUGCUCGGAUCAACAGCAUAGAUAUGGACAUUGAUCAACCUCACAGAAAAACAAACCUCUCUUCACGCCGACGUUCACAAGACCAUUCCUCGACCGGUGCAUCUUCAAGCAGAAUCGCCACCUUGUUACGUGUACGAGCGGCCGAACGAGGAGUUGGCAGUGCUUCACUGCGACCAAGUAGUUCUUCAAACCAGAACAAGAGAGUUUCAGUCCGAUUCAGAGAGCAAUCAAAUGAUCUCAACAAUGCUGUUGAAUCUGUUUACCGCAACUCCUCUUUGAUUCAAAAUGCCAGAGCUGUCGAUUUCAAUCCUGCUGAAAGUAUUCCAUCACCCCGCCCAAUUCCAACACGCAACACUAACGGAUUAACCACGCAAUUAGAUCAUCAGCCUUCUCGACCAACCAUCGGAAAAGAUUAUGACCCCCUUCAACACGUCCCCAUGGAAUUGGAUAAUCAAUCCUCUAGUUCCCGAAGCUUGUCACGAUCUGGCCUUUCAGAACGUCAACACGGCCACUUGAAUAGAAACUCUCUAACAUCAAUAUCAACCCCAAACCCACCGAGUCAAUUUCAGUCUUCUAUUAAUCGGCCUAACCAAGGGGUCCACUUACCUCCACCGAGGACAUCAUCGGCAACUUCAAGCAAUUCCGCUCGAGGAUCUCAGGCGCAGUCACUUUCACGCCAUGGACGAGCCGAGAGUUCACCUUUAAAUAGAGCUGUUGAAGAACUUAGCGCAAGACAUCAGUCAUCAUCACCAAGAUCUCGACCAUCCACUUCCCAUCCAUCGUUCGAGUCUCAUUGUUCACGGGGUAAUCACUAUGCUAAGGUUCCAAGGGGCUCGCGAUUGAGGAAUCCAAGGGGCUCGCGAUUGAGGCAGGCCCUUCAAAUGCGAGAAGAAUCUGCAGGCCCUGAAUCAGAUGAUCAAAGGCCAACGACUACUCCAAAUGCUCGCCACGGAAACACCCCUUCGACUUCUACUAAACAUUCCACUACACACAAAAAUCGCCGAAAUUCUACCCCUUCAAAUUCUGCCAGUGACUCUGGAUCAAACUCAGACAAAGACAAUGCGCCACACCCAGACCCAGACUCAUCCUCAGAUUCAUCCUCCGACUCGGAUUCUGGUAUCUCGGAAGGGCAAAACCAAGAGCGACAUAAAGGUGUGGCUUUGGAUAAGGCUGCCGGGGUACGACAGUCGGCACCUCUUCACACUGAACAAAUCAGCAUUGCAAUAGCCGACUACGCCAAACUCCUCUUAGGAAUAGCACGCAAAACACAAGGUACGAAGCGGAGUAAUCUUCCUCAUCCUCCAACCGCGGAUGAGAUUUCCUCAUGGGAGCAACGUAAGAAAGAUAGGAGAGGAUUUAUCGAACGGCGAAUUGAGAAGGCUCUUAACAAAUAUUUAGACAAGACUCCAAAUCCAAAGAAAAGUCAACUUGCCUUGAUCGAAGCCGAGGCGACCAAGUUAGCCACUGAAAAACUCAAACCAACUCCAUUUUUAUCCCAACUAGACUCUUUCAGCCCUUCAUCGAAGUAUUCGACAUCCGUUGCUGCUUCUUGCGAGGCCGCGCUGGCCCUUGCUGGUUUUCCACGAUGCACCUUUAUUUGGACUCACACGCUGAAGUGCAAAUGGAAUGAAGCUAUGUAUAUUAUCAUACUUCAAGAGUGGGAGAAAUGUUAUCGAAGGGGCGAUGCUGACGACUACCAUAUCAAUGUCAAUCAUGUCACAUCUGACAAAAUGCGUCUGAUUUUUGAACAAUGGUACGACAACAAGCGAACAGCCAUCAAUUCUGGAUUGAAGAAGGAAGCGAAGGCCCUUGAAAACCCGAAUGCUGAGCAAGAGGAGCUUGAGAAAGAUUUGUUAGUGAAACAACGAAAUGCGCGUCGUAGAUCACGCAGGACUGUUGCUGCUAUCCGCAAGGAAGUGAUGACUACUCACUUUCCACAACAGGCUAACCUUAUCCUGCUCACGUCUCAACUGGAGUGUCACUCCAAAGAUGACUUGGACGAACAUGGCAACCAAUAUCGAACACUUCCGAGUUGGAGACUGGACGACUUAAGCACACUUUUUCAUACCAUGGAUAAGUUUUACAUCUCAUCUCAACUCAGCGCUUUGAGUAAGAGUGUUGCCAUCAAAAGAUUGAGUCGUGGACCACACAAAAACAUAGAUGAUUCACAAAUGCCCCCCGUUGGCUUUCCCAGGUGUUUGGUGAGCGACAUAUUCUGGCAAGGCUUAUUGAAAAGCGAAAAGCUUGCCCUGGAUCUUUCACAUGAAACAUAUGACCUUAGAGAAAUCAUUGCAAAGUUCAAAGACCUGCAGACUUGA